AUGAAUAACAACCAACAAUGGCUUUUUAUUGUUGUUAUGAUUGUUGCUAAUAAUGUUAAAACACAACCAUUUAUUGGAGCAUGGAAUAAUCCAUACCUUACAACAUUAAAAUCAACAACAUUAUCCGAAAAAAAGCCAUCAAAUUGCUGUCAUACAACAUCAAUUCAAAAUAUUAAAACACAUCAAUUACGUUUAUUAUCUAUAUUACACCUAACAACACACCCGCAAUUGCAACAACAUUCCUAUAUUGAAAAACCAACAGUAAAAAAGUUUAUUGCUGAAGUGACACAGCAUACGACACGUUACAAUAAUCCAAGUGAAAGUUAUGAUAAAGUUUUAUCCCUAAUGCAACAAUACUUCAUUCAAAAGGAUCCGAAACAUCGGCCUUACGAUGGUACUUUGAUACGUCCAUCAGUUAAUCCAUAUAUGCGUAAUGAAAUACGACCAAAUGUACGAAUUGCUGGUCUUCUUUUCGAGAAUGAUAUUGCCUUAAUUUUGUCACAAACGAAAUUGUUAACAUCAAUGAAGCAAUAUCGUAAAAAACGAAAAAUAAUCGCUGAUCCAAGUUAUCACUGGAAAAGUUCAUUAAUUGCAUAUCGUUUCGGUGAUAGCGACACAAACUGGCAAGAUUACAUUCGUAAAACACUUCAUUAUUGGGAGCAAGAAACUUGCUUACGUUUUGCGGAAAAUAAACCAGAUGAUGAUUAUUUAAUUUUUAUCAUUGGAAGCGGCUGUUAUUCCAAUGUUGGAAGAUUAGGCGGCAGUCAAACAAUAUCCAUUGGUUAUGGUUGUGAAACUCUUGGAAUUAUUUCACAUGAACUUGGGCAUGCGCUAGGAUUUUGGCAUGAGCAAGAGAGGUCAGACCGUGAUAACUAUGUUCGUAUCAAUUUACAAAAUGUUAUCAGUGGAAGUGAGGGAAAUUUUGAAAAGCGUAAUGUAACACAAAUUAUCGAUUUAGGCGUUCCGUAUGAUCUUGGAUCAGUGAUGCAUUAUUCCACUAAUACAUUUGCAAAGAGAUUUAUUGAUUUUACGGUUGAUCCAAUCGAUACAAAAUAUCGUUCAACAGUUGGCAAUCGUGUUGCACCAGCAUUUACUGAUUUUAAACAAAUUAAUUUACUUUAUUGUUUUGAUAGAUGCCAAAUGACAAAUUUAAAAUGUCAUCAUGGUGGCUAUCCGGAUCCAAAUAAUUGCAGUAUAUGCAAAUGUCCAGAAGGUCUUGGUGGUCAUCAAUGCUCUGAUUUACAAAAAUCUUCAUGUGGUUAUGAACAAUUGGUAAGUGACGAAUGGCAAACAUUAGAAUAUAAUGGUUCAUCGAACUGCUAUUGGAGAAUUUACUCGCCAAAUGGUCGUAUUCGUUUUGAGCUGACAGAAGCACAUUACAAAUGUGAUCCGGUUUGCGAGGAAUAUGUUGAAGUGAAACAUAAAAUAGAUUUGCAAAUUUCUGGGUUUCGUUCCUGUUGUUUACCGGUUACAGCUCAGUCAACAAUAUCAUCAAAAUUAUUGACAGCGUCACAAACAAUCACAUAUCAAAUGAAAAGUGACUUCAAUCAACAAUGUCAAUGUGCUAUGAAACGAAUUACAUUUAUUAUUUGUGAAUAUCGACAAUUUCAUAACUGCAAAUAUAUUAUAAAAAAUGUUAACUGUAAUCAAUUUCCACUAAAUUCAACUGAAAUAAUGCUUCAUAAAUAUAAAAUUAUUCGUAAAAUUCUUUAA